AUGGCCUGGGCAGGUGUAAUUUGUGGUUCUCAUAGUCAAUCUAUCGUACAGGAUGGAUAUAAUUUCAUUAUUAUUACUGUAGCAGCACAUGAGCUAGGACACAGUCUGGGCGCCCAACAUGAUGGCACUACAAACUUGUGCCGCUCGAGUGAUGCCUAUAUAAUGGCUUCACAAAGUAAACCCCAACAAGGCUCUACAGCAACGAAUCCAUGGAAAUUUUCUUCAUGUUCAACAGAUUAUUUCACAUCACGGAUAAACAUUCUUGAAUCGACUUGUACAAGAAUUAAACGUAACGACAACUUUACAAUAUUACCUGAUUUUGAAGGUCCUUAUCAACAUUUUAGAUCAGGUCCAAGCGGGAAUUGUUUGAAGUCUCUUGGAUCCAAUUUUGACCCAACGGCACUGGCACCAUAUGAAGAGGUACUUGCUGGUCAGGUUUAUGAUGUCGAUGCCCAGUGCGUUCAAAUAAACGGAAUCGGAUCAUACAUGUGUAGGGGACAGUACGGGGGUAAUUAUGAAUCAAUAUGCAAUGUUCUAUGGUGCUCUAAUCCAGAAGCUACAUCUUGUUAUAAAUCAAUUGCAGGAGAAGGCACUCGUUGUGGCAAUAAAAAGUGGUGUGUUUCUGGAGUAUGUACCUCAGAUUUAAAGGCACCAGCUGGAAAUGAAACUUCCACGGUUGCAGCAACUACAGAAUCCCACAGAUCUACAAGUAAACUAUCGACUACAAAUGAGUAUUUCACGACAAUAGACACAGUUACUACAACAAUUCUUCUGACAACGACAGAACCAGUAACAGCAAAAGAGCUUCUGACAACUACCGAAUCAGGUACCACAACAGAGCCCCUUACAUCAAUCGAAUCAGUUACUACAAACGAGCCUGAAACAACAACAGAACCAGUUCCCACAACAGAGCAAGUGACAACAACUGAAUCAGUUACUACAACAGAGCAUGCGACAACAACUAAAUUAGUUACUACAACAGUGCCAUUGACAACAACAAAAUCAGCAACUACACUAGAGCCUGUGAUUACAACUGAUUCGGUUACUACAAUAGAACAUAUGGCAACAACAGAAGCAGUCACUACAACAGAGCCAGUGACAACAACAGAAUCAAUUACUUCAGCAAAGCCAGUGACAACAACUGAAUCAGUUACUCCAACAGAACCUCUGACAACAACAGAAGCAGUAACCACAAAAGAGCCAGUGACAACAACAGAAUCAGUUACUACAGCAAAGCUAGAAGCAACAAGUGAAUCAGUUACUCCGACAGAACAUUUGAUAACAACUGAAUCGGUUUCAACAAUAGAGCAUCUUACAACUCUAGAAUCUGUUUUCAAAACAGAACCUUCAACAUCGAAAGAAGCAGGUACUUUAACAGACUCUCAGUCAAAUCUAAAAUCAACUACUACAACAGAGCCACAUUCAACUACCAAAUCAUUAACUACAACAGAACCUCCAGCGUCCUCUAAAUUAGUAACUGAACAAGAACAUAUAACAACAAUUGGAUCAGCUUCUACAGCAAAGACCAAACCAAAUACAGAAAUAUUUACUACGAUAAGGUUUAUGAAAACUACAGAAUCAGAAACUACUCAUAAACACGAAGAAUCUUUGACAACUUCUAAGUUAAUUACUACGAAAAAACAACAAGCAACUACUGAAUCAGACACUUCAAUAGAACGUCUUACAACAGCUUCAGACACUAUUACAAAGCUACAAACAACUACUUUAGGACCAUUAGCGCCUUCUUCGUCCGGUUUUGUUGAUGAAUCACUGCCGCUUUUAAUUGGUAUCAGUGCAAUUUCUGGAGUUAUCAUAUUAGGCAUGGGAAUUUGCAUUAUCACUUGUUGUGUGCGUUCGAAGAAAUCAUCUAAAAAUUACCGAUAUGAAGGGAACAAAAAUUAUGGAAUUGCCCUAGAUAGUGUUCAUGAAUCUCCAUCGUUCAAUGAAUCUGAAGGACAAAAAUCAUAUAGUCAGCAUGUCGAUCCAAGGGUUAUAUCGUAUGGUAGAUCAAACAACCCACAGUCAGCCUUGUAUUCUGGUAAUAAUGAACGUGAGAUAGUGUCUGGUUUAGGAGGACAUCAUAAUGAAGGGUAUCAUGCAUAA